GUCUCGUCGGGCCCAGCGUCCGCGCCGCGCCGCGCCGCGCUUCACCUCGCCUCAGCUCGCCGCCAUGGCAGACCGCUCCAGUGAAGACUCCGCCGGCUCCGACCUGGACCUGGACGUGGCCGCUUCGCAGAUAUUCUUCCAAGAGACGGACGGGGAGCCGAUACUGAUCGAGGAUGAAGGAGAUAUAAUCGUCGCACUCUCCGCCAUGGAUUCUAAGGUAGAGGAGGAAAAGGAGGAGGACGAGGAAGAAGAUGAGGAAGAGGAGGAGGACGAAGAGGAAGAUGAAGAGGACGAUGAGGGUGAAGAAGACACGGAGGAAGAUGAAGAUAAGACAGAAGCUGAAGAGCAGACCGACGACAGCGAAGAGCAGGGUGGAGAGAAUGGAGGCGCCAAGAGACAGCCUGCGAGAUGUUACCGUUCUACUUUCGAUCCGCCGAAGAAGGAAGUGAGGGAUUCCAAAUCAUUGUCAGUAAACAUACAGAAAUUUUUGCAGAGAAAGGAAGAAGAAGAAAAGAAGAGAGAAGUAGAAGCCAUGCAAAGGAGGGCUGAACUACUGGCACUACGUUCACAAGAUGGGAAAGCGAAGAAAAGAGUUGCAGCUAUGCUCAAGAGGACAAAAGCGGCAAAUAAGUCUGUUAUAGAUGAUGCAGUUGACAAUGAUAACACAGCUGUGACAUUGGGCGGACCAGCGCAGCCAGAUGAAGAUGAUUAUGGUUAUGUAUCUCAGGAAGCCAGUGCAUUCUACGCCAAGCUAAUGGACAAGUAUCAAUCGGCACCACCUGAAGAACCAGCUUUUCCACAAAGAGCACCAAAAGGUGUCAUAAAGGAUUUAAACAGCACAAAGGACAGAGUAAGAAAUGCAUUGCUGAAAGCCGAAGAAGAAGAAAUGAUGCCACACAAGCGAAAGCGAAAAUCUAAGGACAAAGGAGACAAGGAUGAUGAUGGAGACCAGACAAUAAAUUAUUCCUCGAGUGAUAAACGCGAUCUGGGCUCCGACGAGAGAGAAGAUCCGCAGAGGAGGGAAGAACCACAGAGGAGACCGGAAAAUAAACCACCCAAACCACGAAAACCCAUGCCACCGCCAAUGGAUUUCAAUCAGUUGCUGAAGCUGGCAGAGCAGAAGCAAUUUGAACCUGUGACAAAGCCAGAACCAAAGAGCAAAUCUCAGGAUGAGGAAGAAAUGGGCCGUCCAAUGACAAAGAAGCAGAAGAUGGAGUAUGAGAAAGAGCUGGAGGCCCGCCGCAGGAGGCAGGAGAGGGAUGCAGCACGCCAGAGGGCACUUGAUGAGAGGAUGCGAGGUGCGAAAGGUGGUUCUAAGGGUAUGGGGUCCGCUGGGGAGGGAGGCAGGGCGGCACAGGGCAGAAAUGGCAGGGAGGACUCGGGCUCUGACUCAUCAUCAGGCAGGGGGGCAAGAGACACCGAUAGGAGAGAUGACAGACCCAGAGUGCCAAAAUAUUCUGACAAUGAAAGGAGGGAAGAAAAACCUAGAAUACAAAAGUUUCCAGAGAAUGAAAGGGAAGAAAGGCAGAGGAUACCAAAAUUUUCUCAAAGUGAGAGGGAAGAAAGGCAGAGAGCUUCUAAAUUUUCUGAAAAUGAGCGAGAAGAAAAACUGAAGGUACCAAGAUUUGAGAAUGAUCGGGACGAAAAACAGAGGAUACCAAAAUAUUACGAUAAUGAUCGGGACGAAAAACAGAGGAUACCAAAAUAUUACGAUAAUGAUCGGGACGAAAAACAGAGGAUUCCAAAAUAUUACGAUAAUGAUCGGGAAGAAAAACCAAGGAUACCAAAAUAUCACGGAGAUGAUAGGGAAGAAAAGCCAAGGAUACCAAAAUAUCACAGAGAUGAUAGUGAAGAAAAGCCAAGGAUACCGAAAUAUCAUGGAGAUGACAGGGAAGAAAAGCCGAGGAUGCCAAAAUAUCACGGAGAUGAUAGAGAAGAAAAGCCAAGGAUACCAAAAUAUCAUGUAGAUGAUAGGGAAGAAAAGCCGAAGAUACCAAAAUAUUAUGAUAGUGAUCGGGAAGAAAGGCCUAGGGUAUCAAAACAUUAUGAAAGUGAUCGGGAAGAAAGGCCUCGAGCAUCAAAAUAUUAUGAAAGUGAUCGGGAAGAAAGGCCUAGGGCAUCAAAAUAUUAUGAAAAUGAUAGGGAGGAAAGGUUGAGGGUACCAAAAUAUGAAAAUGAUAGGGAAGAAAAGCCGAGGAUACCAAAAUUGUCUGAAAGUGAGAGGAGAAAUGAUAGGCCGAGGAUACCAAAAUUGCCUGAAAGCGAGAGGAGAGAUGAAAAGCCAAGGUUGCCUAAAGUAGGUGAAAACGAUAAGAGAGAUGAAAGACCUAGGAUACCUAGAGCAACUGAAAGUGAAAGGAGAGACGAUAGACCAAAGAUACCCAAACUAUCUGAAAAUGAUAGGCGAGACGACAAACCCAGGAUACGCAAGUUAUCUGAAGGUGAGCCUAGGGAUGAAAAGCCCAAGAAACCAAAAUUGUCUGACACAGACAGGAGGGACGAAAAGCAGAGGACGGCAAAAUUAUCUGAAAGUGAAAGGAGAGAGGAACGGCUGAAUGGAGGUUACAGAACGAAUGACUGUUCAACCGACAGGUUGGAAUCGAAAUCUGGUAACAGACUGAACCACUCGGUGCAAAAUGCUGCCAGUGAUAAGCGUGCAUUACAAGCAAAGGUGGCAAGGCAAGCAGAUACCUACAGACAGGAGAAAGAGCAACAAAAUUUUAAGAGAGACGUGUCACGAAGAUAUGAUAAUUCAGUAGUUUCUCAGCAGAAACCUUUAAAAUUGUCAGAUCACGAUUCAGAUGUCCGAGGGCCAGCAGAAAAAUCUACAGAGCGUUCUAAAUCUAGUUUUUCACAGCAGAACGUGAGUGCUAAGAGUGGUACAGUGGAAGAGAGGCGGAAUGGCAGUGGUUCUAUAGCGAGAAAUGCCAGUACGUCCUCAUUUGGCAAAAAGCAGCAGGAAACUAAUGAUUCUAGAUUACAGGCAAAGAAGUCUCCUGCAGCGGAUACCAAUAAGCUGAAGAAAGCAGACAGUUUCCGUAAAAAUGAUCUCGAUGACCUGUUCGGUGAUUCCGAUCUCCCCGUUAUUAAAUCUGGUGUUCCUAAAGUUGUGAAAAGUCAGCAGAGUGCCUCGAAUGACGCUGAAAGAAGAAAUGGUGAGCAGAAGACGGUCAACAAGCCACUUUCGUCUCAGAAAACCGGUGUCGGUCCAGGUGGCAACAUGAGCAAAGUGCAGGCUAAAGGCAGCGGCGGUGCCACUCGGCCAGUUUCAAAAGAGCAGCUGGACGCGUUCCGUCAGAGGAAACUGGAUGCGGUUGCCAGGGAGAAUCAGCCUGGAAACAGGCAAAGUGGAGGACCCAGUCAGGGUGGCAAGGCCAGACCGGGGCAUGCAGUGUCCACUGAUAAGGCUAAGAAGUUGCCACCCAACGAAGGCAGGCCAAAGCAGUUUCCCCCACCUGACGUUCGAGGACCGAAACAGUUUCCCCCGUCUGACGUCAGAGGACCGAAACAGUUUCCACCUCCUGAUGUUCGGAGGCCGAAACAGUUUCCACCACCGGAUGUUAGAAAGAAGCCCAAGCCAGCUCCAGUAAAGCGGCGUAUAGAAGAUUCUGAUGAUGAAGAUGAAUACGAUUCAGAGCUGGAUGACUUCAUAGAUGAUGGACCAGAGGAUGGAGAGGAUUACUCAAAACACAUCAGAGAAAUUUUUGGUUACGAUAAAUCGAGGUAUCUUGAUAUAGAUGACGACGACGAGUGUAUGGAAGCAGAUUUUGCCCAAGUAUUAAAGGAGGAAUUUGUCAGCACAAAAAUAGGUAUACUGGAAGAUCUGGAGGACAUAAAGAAGGAACAAGAAGAAAAAAGAAGGAAAGCCCUGUUAAAGAAGAGAAAAAUGAGAUAGUUCUGUGGGUUUCCACACCGUCUUACCCCAGUGUAAAAUAAGGGAGCAGUGUGAUAGAGAAAUCUAAGUAUAGAUUUUAUAUGAAAUUGUAACUGGGGACCUUUGCAUGUACAAAAGUUUGCUUUGUAAUAUUUUUGAAUCCUUCUGGAUCAUAAUCAGUAUGUAUCAUAUGUUUGCCAAGUCACACAAAUUUCCUUCUUGUAUUAAUUUAGUUGCAUUUUUGUUAAUAGUGGUCAACAAAUGUGUCCCAAGUGUAUAAAACAAGCAGCUAAGAACUCUGGAAGACACUGCCAGAAUGUGUGUGUGUGUGUGUGUGUGUGUGUGUGUGUGUGUGUGUGUGUGUGUGAGAGAGAGAGAGAGAGAGAGAGAGAGAGAGAGAGAGUACAUAAAUUGGUUUGUAAUAUACUUCCAUUAUAACAGCAUUUGAUUCUAAAUAAAAUUACGAUAGUUGCCUGUAAAUUACAUUUGAUAAUUAUAUAAAAGGUAUCUGUAAAUAUUAAAAGCGAGUAUUAAUAUAGAAGCCAUAUGGUUUCCAAAUUUCUUUUAAAUAAUUUGAUUUGAGGAGUGGCAAAAAAAAUUAUCAUCUGAAGUAUGUAUUUAUGAAUUUAAUCUCGAAAAGGAAUGUGCCACUACUUCAAAGUCUUCACUGCAAUUGCACCAAAAUUUGUAUUAUGACAGUUGACAGAAAGAUUUUUAUUCAUUAGUGUUGGUAUCCCAUUUCUGCUGUGAGGAAUUUGUGACCUGUCAGUAUAUGGAUGCUGUUUCACAUCAAGCAAUGAAACUGGGUGUCAUUGCAGGGAAGGAUCGUGGUGGCGGAUGUUCCUCAGAUAUGUACGUUGAUUGGUGCUGACAAUUUCACUUUUGCCUUCUAAUAAAAAGUGUAUAUUUUGUGACAUAAAUCUAUAGUACUACAGCUUUACAUCAGUUCAAGAUAAAUACCUCAGAUAUUAUGAGUACUGGUUUUCAGAAUAAAUAACUUGUGAUUUAAUACAGUCAUAAAUGAUAGGAGAUGUUAUGAAUAAUUUGAGUUACAUAAUUUUUUAAAGAAGUCAAUGACUACUACUCUUUUAUGGCAAAUGUUAUUGAAAGUUAAUCGCAUAUUGAAUCAAAAGAAGAAAAAUCAACACACUCACACACACAGGGACAAUUUGUGUUAAGUUCUUGACUGUCACCACAAUUAAACCAAAUAAAACUAUUAAGGUCAGAGUAAGUAUUGUUGAUAGAUGUACACUCAACAGACGAAUAAGACUGAAAAAUAGUAUGGCAUUUCAACUAAGCUUGUGAGAGGGAACCAAGUCCAAACUUGUUCUUGCAGUGUAGUGUAGAAAGCAUUGUUACUGAGUAAAUGAACACCCCCCAGCCCUCCUUACCCAACCAUAUAUUUUUUCUUCAGAAUUUAUUUUAUUAGUUGUUAUGUAGGUUUGCUAGAGUGUUUUGAAAGGCAACAAUAUCCUUGCUGUCUAUUUAGGUCUUGUAAAUAUGUCAGAAGUGGUAAUGGAAUGCUUGUGAAAGUGAGUUUUUUGGUCAUAAUGAUAAUUACUUUGUUUUCAAUGUGUAAGUAAUUACUGCCAAAAUAUCUUUUAUUGAAGAAAGUGUAAAGUGUGAAUUUAAUCUACGAAUCUCGUAGCUUUUGAUGCUUUGGCUUAUGCGUGCUUCAUAUGCCAAUAAUUUGCAUUUUAGAAUAUAUAUGUUUAAUCGUGAAAGUUGUUAAAGCCAUUAAAUAUGUGAUGCUGUUCUGUUGUUAUCGCAGUUUAUUUAAUAAUAGUGAUAUUUAUUGUUUUUCUCCUUUUGGUUAUCAGAUCUCAUUAUACUUUUAAAAUCUGUGCAUAACAGUAAAUGUUAUUCAUAGUUUGUUGUAAGCUGUAAAUAGUUCUUAUAUUUCUCAGCAGAAAGACAAUAUGUUAUUGCAAAGAACAAAACAAAGUAAAUAUUAAGAAUGAUAAAAGGGGACUUAAAAGCAGACACCUAUUACUCCAUUUGUAAGUGAUCGCACAGCUGUAGUCUCUUUUUUUGUUGUUAAGUAUUCAGGAUGUGUGUGCAUUUUUCCAUAAAAACAUAAACUGAAAUGUAUGUUUGUUUAAUUAUAUUCAAUACGUUUUGUUACUUUUCUGAUCGAUAUUUAAUACUUCUCUACCUUUUAGAAUCAUGUCCUCUGGAAGUAAUGAUGAUUUAUCAGUGUGAAAGCACAAAUGUUAGUUUUCAUCCAUUUUAAAGAAAAGCAUACGCAAUAUGAAUCAUCAGAUAAUCUUGACAGAUUACUAAUUUUUUAUUUUAGUUAGAAAGAUUCUAAAGACACUCGACAUUCCCCAUUACCAAGGCAUCAUUUUCGUACAUACCUUGUGCACAUUAUGGUCACAAAUUUGUAUAAUGCUUAUUGUUGCUGAUUGUAUGUGUAAAAUGUCAUCUGUCUAAGAGCUGUUUUAUAAUUUGUGAGUGGUUUUUCCUUACUUCUUGUCUCGGUUGGUGUAUUUAUUUUCAUGUACAGUUUAUAGUGGUGUUAGCAUUUUGUGAGUUUUAUUUUCCCCAAGCAGGCGUACACAGCAUGAAGAAACUAUAGCACAGCAUUUAAAUAAGAGUAACAAGAAAGUGUAUGAAACGGCUGCUUGCUGUCUAUAAUAUCAUUUAUAUUUUUCUGUGAUAUUUACAGUCAAGUGUUAUUGUUACGUUAACAAAAUUACUACUCAUGUUUGAAUAUACUCAUUUUUAAAAAAGCAGAAA